UCUCCGAUCCCCCCGCCCUCCCCGGGCUCGCUCCCGAGGGGCGUCCAGGCCGGGCACCGCCGCUGCAGUGUUAGUUACUGGCAGAAACGUCGGCGAUCCCCAUAAAUAUGCAGGAGCUGCAGAAGGCAAAGUAGAGUAGACGCCCGCGCUCUCCCACACUCACUGGCCGCUCACCACGCGGGCCGUGUAGAUAUCUACCCCCCGCGCUAUCUCCCCCCUUUUCUCGCGGGCCGUUCAGGUUCCCGUCCUGCCGGCUCCGAGGACCCUCCCGCCCCAGCGCCCUCGCCCCGUCCUCGCCUCCCUCCGCUCCGGAGCGCGCACCCACCCGGGCGGCAAAGUUGUGACUACUUGGGCGCGGGUGGCUCGCGCCCCGCUCGCUCCGCGCCUCACACCAACUUCCCGCGGUUCGGCCCCGCCGCGCCCCGAGCCCGCGCCUCCGGGGAUCCCGCGGGCCCCCAGCUUCCAGCCCCGGCGGCGCGCCGGGCAGCGCUUCGGUGGCGGCGGCGGCGGCGAAGGCGGCGGCAGCGGCAGCUGCAGCCCCACACUCAGCCGCCAAACUGGAGGAGCGACGGAAGCCGGACCCCAGGAGGAUGGAGGAUGAAGCCGUCCUGGACAGAGGGGCUUCCUUCCUUAAGCAUGUGUGUGAUGAAGAAGAAGUAGAAGGCCACCACACCAUCUACAUCGGGGUCCAUGUGCCAAAGAGCUACAGGAGAAGGAGACGUCACAAGAGAAAGGCAGGGCACAGAGAAAAGAAGGAAAAGGAGAGAAUCUCUGAGAACUACUCUGACAAGUCCGAUGUGGAGAAUGCGGAUGAGUCCGGUAGCAGCGUCCUAAAGCCUCUCAUCUCUCCCGCCGCAGAACGCAUCCGAUUCAUCCUGGGCGAGGAGGAUGACAGCCCAGCGCCCCCUCAGCUCUUCACGGAACUGGAUGAGCUGCUGGCCGUGGAUGGUCAGGAGAUGGAGUGGAAGGAGACAGCGAGGUGGAUUAAGUUUGAAGAAAAAGUGGAACAGGGUGGGGAGAGAUGGAGCAAGCCCCACGUGGCCACUUUGUCCCUUCAUAGCUUAUUUGAGCUGAGGACAUGUAUGGAGAAAGGAUCCAUCAUGCUGGACAAGGAGGCUUCUUCUCUCCCACAGUUGGUGGAGAUGAUUGUUGACCAUCAGAUUGAGACAGGCCUAUUGAAACCUGACCUUAAGGAUAAGGUGACCUAUACUUUGCUCCGGAAGCACCGGCAUCAAACCAAGAAAUCCAACCUUCGAUCCCUGGCUGACAUUGGGAAGACAGUCUCCAGUGCAAGUAGGAUGUUUACCAACCCUGAUAAUGGUAGCCCAGCCAUGACCCACAGGAAUCUGACUUCUUCCAGUCUGAAUGACAUCUCUGAUAAACCAGAGAAGGACCAGCUGAAGAAUAAGUUCAUGAAAAAACUGCCACGUGAUGCCGAAGCCUCCAACGUGCUUGUUGGCGAGGUCAACUUCUUAGAUUCUCCCUUCAUUGCCUUUGUUCGGCUGCAGCAGGCCGUCAUGCUGGGUGCCCUGACUGAGGUCCCUGUGCCCACAAGGUUCUUGUUCAUUCUCUUAGGUCCUAAGGGGAAAGCCAAGUCCUACCAUGAGAUUGGCAGAGCCAUUGCCACCUUGAUGUCUGACGAGGUGUUCCAUGACAUCGCUUAUAAAGCGAAAGAUAGGCAGGACCUGAUUGCUGGCAUUGACGAGUUCCUAGAUGAAGUCAUUGUCCUUCCCCCCGGGGAAUGGGAUCCAGCGAUCAGGAUAGAGCCCCCUAAGAGUCUUCCAUCAUCUGACAAAAGAAAGAAUAUGUACUCAGGUGGAGAAAAUGUUCAGAUGAACGGGGAUACGCCCCAUGAUGGAGGCCACGGAGGAGGAGGACAUGCGGAUUGUGAGGAAUUACAGCGCACUGGAAGGUUCUGUGGUGGACUAAUUAAGGACAUAAAGAGGAAAGCACCAUUUUUUGCCAGUGAUUUUUAUGAUGCUUUAAAUAUUCAGGCUCUUUCAGCAAUUCUCUUCAUUUAUCUGGCAACAGUAACUAACGCUAUCACUUUUGGAGGACUGCUUGGGGAUGCCACUGACAACAUGCAGGGCGUGUUGGAGAGUUUCCUGGGCACCGCUGUCUCUGGAGCCGUCUUCUGCCUCUUCGCUGGUCAACCACUCACUAUUUUGAGCAGCACAGGACCUGUUCUAGUUUUUGAGAGGCUUCUAUUUAAUUUCAGCAAGGACCAUAAUUUUGACUACUUGGAGUUUCGCCUUUGGAUUGGCCUGUGGUCAGCCUUCAUGUGUCUCCUUUUGGUGGCCACUGAUGCCAGCUUCUUGGUUCAGUACUUCACUCGCUUCACUGAAGAGGGCUUCUCUUCUCUGAUUAGUUUCAUCUUUAUCUACGAUGCUUUCAAGAAGAUGAUCAAGCUAGCUGAUUACUACCCCAUCAACUCCAACUUCAAAGUGGGCUACAAUACUCAAUUUUCCUGUGUUUGUAUGCCUCCCAACCCAGUUAAUAUCUCCAUGUCUAAUAAUACCACAUUGGCUCCUGAAGAUUUGCCACCUAUUUCUUCUACUGAUGCGCACCAUAAUGCUACCUUUGACUGGGCACUUCUGACGACGAAGGAGUGUUUGAAAUAUGGAGGAAAGCUCAUGGGCAACAACUGUGGUUUUGUUCCUGAUAUCACUCUCAUGUCUUUCAUCCUUUUCUUGGGCACCUACACCUCUUCUAUGGCUCUGAAAAAAUUCAAAACUAGUCGUUAUUUUCCAACCACGGCAAGAAAACUGAUCAGUGACUUUGCCAUUAUCUUGUCCAUUCUCAUCUUUUGUGUAAUAGAUGCCCUGGUAGGUGUGGAUACUCCAAAACUGAUUGUGCCAAGUGAGUUCAAGCCAACAAGUCUAAACCGAGGUUGGUUUGUUCCACCAUUUGGAGGAAACCCCUGGUGGGUGUACCUUGCAGCUGCUAUACCUGCUUUGUUGGUCACCAUUCUCAUUUUCAUGGACCAGCAAAUCACAGCUGUGAUUGUAAACAGGAAAGAACAUAAACUCAAGAAAGGAGCUGGAUAUCACCUGGAUCUCUUUUGGGUGGCCAUCCUCAUGGUGGUGUGCUCCUUCAUGGCCCUUCCGUGGUACGUGGCUGCUACUGUCAUCUCCAUUGCUCACAUCGACAGUUUGAAGAUGGAGACAGAGACUUCUGCACCUGGAGAACAACCAAAAUUCCUAGGAGUGAGGGAACAAAGAGUCACUGGAACCCUUGUGUUUAUUCUGACUGGUCUGUCAGUCUUUAUGGCUCCCAUCUUGAAGUUUAUUCCCAUGCCUGUACUCUAUGGCGUGUUCCUGUAUAUGGGGGUAGCAUCUCUUAAUGGUGUGCAGUUCAUGGAUCGUCUGAAGCUGCUGCUGAUGCCCCUGAAGCAUCAGCCUGACUUUAUCUACCUGCGCCAUGUCCCCCUGCGCAGAGUUCACCUGUUCACUUUCCUGCAGGUGCUCUGUCUAGCCCUGCUCUGGAUCCUCAAGUCAACCGUGGCUGCUAUCAUUUUCCCAGUCAUGAUCUUGGCACUUGUAGCUGUCAGAAAAGGCAUGGACUACCUCUUCUCCCAGCACGACCUCAGCUUCCUUGAUGAUGUCAUUCCAGAAAAGGAUAAGAAAAAGAAGGAGGAUGAGAAGAAAAAGAAAAAGAAGAAGGGAAGUCUGGACAGUGACAAUGACGAUUCUGACUGCCCAUACUCAGAAAAAGUUCCAAGUAUUAAAAUUCCAAUGGACAUCAUGGAACAGCAGCCUUUCCUAAGUGAUAGCAAACCUUCCGACAGGGAAAAAUCACCAACAUUCCUUGAACGCCACACAUCAUGCUGAUAAAAUUCCUUUCCUUCAGUCACUCGGUAUGCCAAGUGCUUCUAGAACUCCAGUAAAAGUUGUGCCUCAAAUUAGAAUAGAACUUGAGCCUGAAGACAAUGAUUAUUUCUGGAGGAGCAAGGGAACAGAAACUACAUUGUAACCUGUUUGUCUUUCUUACAACUGACAGUUUUUGUUGUUUAUGUUCUUGUUUUUUGUCUGGUUGUUUAUUUUUUAAUUUUUGUUUGUUUUGGUUUUUGGUCACUGGCCAAACAAUACAGUGCUCUCUCUGCUUCUCUCUUGCAUAGGUAAAAUCAAGACAGUAGUGCACCGUUCCUUAUAAACAACAUCUGAAGAAUCCCCUCUUUGUUCUUAUACUUUCAAAUGUGUCCUCUGACAACCAAAUUCCUCUGUCUCUCAAGACACACACAGACCCUGUCCUUUUCCUUUAUUAAGCAGAGGACAAAAGUAUUAAGGAUUUUAUAACACCUUUUAUUAAAAUAUUGAAGGAACUUCCACCUUGAGCUUUGGAGCUGUGCUUACUGGCUUGUCUUUCUGUCUGGUUGAACAAACCUUGACCUCCAGACAGUCCCUUCUCGCUUAUAGCACUCUCCAGGACUGGAAAAAGUGCUGCUAUUCUAACUUGCUCUUGCUUAUAAACCCUAAUCUCUUAAGAGUUAUCAAAAGAAGAAAAACUAAAGGUACUUUACUCCCACUAGAGAAACUAUUGCCAUCAUUGUAGCAAGUGCUGGAAUGUCCCUUUUUUCCUAUGCAACUUUUUUUAACCCUUUAAUGAACUUAUCUGUUGAGUACAUUGAAGAAUAUUUUUCUUCCUAGAUUUUGUUGUUUAAAUUAUGGGGUCUAACCUGCAACUUAUUUUUUGUCAAUUUUUUAAACUUUUUUUUAAUUACUGUAAAGAAAAUGAAUUUUUUCCUGCAGCAGGAAACAUAGUUUUGAGUAGUUCUACCUCUUAUUUGUAGCUGCCAGGCUUUCUGUAAAAAUUGUAUUGUAUAUAAUGUGAUUUUUACAUAAACACACACACACACACACACACACACAGAUACACCACCUCUAGGGUAUGCCAGAGGGCUAGAUCGGAUUAAAAACACCAUGUUUCUAAGCAUCCAUUUUUCCCUUCCUUUAAGAGAAAUAUAACUGUUCUAUGAAGGAGAUUGGGGGAGGAGGGAGACACUCCUUUGUAAUGGGAAUAACUGAUGUUUUGAUAAUAGUAGUAUCCGGGCAAAGUUGCUGAUUGUAUUACCAUUUUGAUGUCCUAUGCAGUAUUGUUAGACGUUUUUUUCAUUUUGAAAACAUUUGUGUGUUUGUGUAUGUACUCUGUGUGUGGCUGGUACACAUAUGUGCAAGGGUAGAAAGAGACAGAAUGAUGGUAGGCGAAGGGCAAAGUUAUCUAGCCUCUCGGUGUCAGUUUUUAUAAAACCCAAACCACAUAUGAAAAAUCCAUCAGAGGUCCAGGAGACUUACUGUUAUGCAAAUGAGGGUAAAUAUACUUUAUUACCCAGACAGCAGUCACCAUCACUGAUACAAUAGCCCUCAUUUACAAUACAAAAUGCAUAGGACUGUGAUAGACCAUUUUUACAUUUAUAAAGUGUCUAUGAGAAUGCAGUUGGAUCGCAGAAGUAUAUAUAUAUACAUUUUAACAAUACUCACACUUGUCUUUAAGAUUGAAAGGCAAUUAUUCUUUGUGAUUGAGGCGUAUAGAAUAUACAUGUCUAUAUACGUGUGUGUAUGUGUAUUUCAAAGUACCAUAUUGAAAGUUAGAAAAAAGAAAAUUAGAUUUUUAACCAAAUUUAGCAUGUUAUCUAAAUGUAGUGUUUUAAUAGGCUGCAUUAUGUAUUAUGAAUCUGCAUUAAAAACAGCAUUUUAAAUGUUGAAUCCAUAAUUUUGGAUUCCUGUAACCAUAUUUGUGAUUAUGCUGACUACGGUCGUUGGAGGAGUACUAGAAGCAGAGCGAAACCACUUAUUUUGGUUUCAUAAUAUGCACAUAUUGACUCCCACUCGUUCUUAUAUUAAUUAAAUUACAAUUCUGUCCUGUUGAAAUUUUGAUUAUAAAAAUUGUAUUGUUCUAAAUUAACUGUUACUUUUAUAGUAUCUGAUAAUCUUAAAACUUGAAAUUUUAUACAAAUUAGACAUAAAUGACCUACAAUUUUUUUCAUUAAAAUGAAGGUGGCAAA